CGCCUUUACAGUUGCAUAACAUGUCUUGAAAGAGUUGAGGCUAACAACUCGUCAUUCCUCGUAACAUUUUCUGGUCACUUAACUCACCGAACCCAGCCUCAACCUGAACAAAUCCCGAUUGUGGACUGGCUCCAUUCCAUGUUUUGGUCUCAAAAUCAAAAUCAUAAACAAAGCGAAGAAGGAAAACAUUGAACAAUGAAGAACGCUAUGGGUAUGGUGUUCCUUGCUAGAAGAAUACUAACAAAGGCCAACUGCCCAGCUUCAAAACUGCGAUACUAUUCUUCCCCACCCUCCUCUCCUCCCCCUAACAAUAAGCUCUUUGUUGGAGGUUUAUCAUGGUCAGUGGACGAGAAGUCCCUGACUGACGCUUUUUCUUCCUUUGGAGAGGUCACUGAAGUGAAUAUACUUUAUGAUAAAGACACCGGAAGGUCUAGAGGCUUUGGGUUUGUUAAUUUUUCAAAGGAAGAUGAUGCAAGAUGUGCAAAGGAUGCUAUGGAUGGGAAGGCAUUGUUAGGUCGACCACUGCGGAUAAGCUUUGCUCUUGAAAAGGUUCGUGGUGGUCCUGUUGUAGUUCCUCAUCUUUCAAAAAUUGGAGAUAUCGCAACUCGCAAUACUUAAAUGCCCUGGUCUUUACAAUCUUCAAAUCACCUCAUCGCUUUAACCUUUUUCCUUGGUCAUUGCCAUAACUGGUAUUAUUUGUGCAUGUUUAACAAUCUGGACUGUGUUACCCUUUUAUUGUAUCCUACGCAAAAGCUACUAGAUUGAUCUGGUUGUAUAAUUUAUGUUACGUUUUCUAUUUCUCAAAUUGUCCUGAUCUCGCUUAUGAAAGUUUGUCAGAACAUUUUAUGCCAUAAAAUGAAAACACUGUUUUUAAUCUCACGUUUCUAAUAUAAAAUCAGUGCCUUCUCACUCCAUGCUCAUAUGCGCAUGCUAUAGCCAUCUGUUUAAUCCCUGAUCACAAUAGGCCACACGUAGUACCAGUUGUGAUUUGGUCCUCUCCCAUUUAAAUCCUCAAUUUUUCUCUUUUUUUUAGCUAGAUG